AUGAUGGUGCCGGAGAAGCCAAAGAAGCUCCCCUCGGUGGCGCUCAGCCUGCUGCCCUGCUUCUACUUCGUGGAGCUCCCCCUGGUGGCGUCCUCUCUGCUGUCCCUGUACCUGCUGGAGAUGACGGACCUCCUGCAGCCGGCGGCGCUGCCGUUCCGCUGCUUCGACCGCAGCCUCAGUAAGCCCUACGUGUCGGGCGGCGAGCAGCUGGUCCCCACGCUCAUGCUGCUCAGCCUGGUCUUCUCCGGCCCCGCCGCGUCGAUCAUGCUAGUGGAGGGCGCCCUCUACUGCCUGCAGCUGCGCUGGCAGCGCCGCCGUUUGGCUCCUGGCUCCUGCGGAUUCAACGCCUUCCUGAGGCGGACGGUGCGCUUCGUGGGCGUCCACCUGUUCGGCCUGUGCUGCACCGCCCUGCUGACCGAUGUGCUCCAGCUGUGCACCGGCUACCCGGCGCCCUUCUUCCUCACCGUCUGCAAGCCCAACUACACCCUGGCGGGGGCGUCGUGCGAGCGCCAGCGCCUCGUCAGCGCCGCCAUCUGCUCGGGGACGGACCAGCACGCCCUCGCGGCCGCCAGGAAGACGUUCCCGUCCCAACACGCCACCCUGUCGGCGUACGCCGCCGUUUACGUCUCGAUGUACUUUAACUCCGCCCUCCCGGACGGCAGCAAGCUGCUGAAGCCGCUGCUGGUGUUUGCGUUCGCCGUCGCCGCGGCGAUGAGCGGCCUGACGCAGAUCACGCAGCACCGCAGCCACCCGGUCGACGUCUACGUGGGCUUCCUGAUCGGAGCCUUCGUGGCUGCCUACCUGGCUCUCCACGCCGUCUCCAACUUCAAGUCCGGCGAGGCCCCGCCCCCUUUCCCCGCUGCGCCCCUGGCCCCGCCCCCGGGCCGGGACGACCCACUGCGGGCGCUGACGGAGCGCGGCCACCAGUCCGUCUACAGCAAGGGCCCCGCCUCCGCCUCGGCCAGCCAGGAUGAGAUCGCCGCGGCGACCGCCGCCGCCGCCGCCCUCCCCUCGCCGCCGUCUUUGGGGGCGGGGCCUCUGCGGCGGGGGGCGGGCUCGCCGCCGCCGUCGCCGCCCUCCAGCCUGAAGCGGGCCAGCGUGGACGUGGAGCUGCUGGCGCCGCGCAGCCCGAUGGCCAAGGAGACCAUGCUGACCUUCGGCAACUCAUUGCCGCGGGCGACCGCCGACGAUGACAUCAUCACGGCGCGACGGAGCGUGAAGCCGGUGCAAAUCCUGGAUUCCCCCGCGGCGGCGGAGGACGAAGAGGAGGAGGAGGAGGAGGAGGAAGGCUCGCGGGCACCGCUCUAUCCCGCCGCCGCUGCAGUGCAUCAUGGGAGGUUCAACCCGCGGCCCGUGGCCCCGCCGCAGGUCCCGCCGCCGGUGUCGCCCAAGAGCGCGCUGACGCGCGCCAAGUGGGUGGCCAUCCGCGAGAAGGCCACCGCCCACGCUAACGCUACUAGCAUGAGCGCUACUAGCAUGGCCGCUGCUCGAGUGAGCCCGCCGCCGCUCGUCCUCCCGCAGGCCCCGCCCCUUUCCGAGCGCCACCCCUGGGACGGCCUCCGCGGCGACAGCAGCUUCCGGCCGCGCCGAGGCCCCGCCUCCUCCCUUGUCGCCGCCGACGGCGACGACGAGGCCCCGCCCGCCGACGCCCGCCGCCUCCGCCGCAAGACGGCGCUCGUCCUCCUGGACCGCGAGGGCCCCGAGGAGAGCCCGUACGCGCGGCGCUACAAAGACUAGCUUGAAUAUCUCCCUCUGUCGCCACGGCGACCCAUCUGUGCUGCUGCUGCUACUGCGCUCUGAUUG